AGCCUACGGUCAAAGUUCAAGAAAAGAUAUUAACCUGAGUACAAAAAUAUUUUAAAAAUAGCUAAUAAAGUUUAUAGUUAGCCUGUCACGUAUGUUAUUCUCUGUGUUGCCUUUUUGCUGAUGCAAGUAUUUAUGUUAUUCUCUGCAGCUGGACAAGAGAGAUUCAGAACAUUAACUAGUUCCUAUUACAGAGGUGCUCAUGGAAUCAUGCUCGUUUAUGAUGUUACAAGAAGAGAAACUUUCACAAAUUUAUCAGAUAUUUGGGCAAAGGAAGUACAACUUCACUCCACAAAUCAGGACUGUGUCAAAAUUCUAAUUGGAAAUAAAAUUGACAAGGAAUCCGAAAGGGCUGUGGCCAGAGAAGAGGGAAUGGCCUUGGCAAAUGAACUUGGAUGCUUGUUUGUCGAAUGCAGUGCGAAAACUCGAAUAAAUGUCGAGAAAUGCUUUGAAGAACUUGCAUCAAAGAUUCUUGAAGUUCCUAGUCUACUUGAAGGAUCAUCCACUGGUGGGCAGAACAUAGUGACACCAAAGCCAGUAUAUAAUGCACCCCCAAGUACUGGCUGUUGCUCAUAACUUCAUGAAGUUCACAUGCUUUAAGAUAAUGUAUAUGAGUCUGUAUUUGCUUAAUUAUUUGUGUUAUUGGUGUACUGAUGUGUGUGUGUGUGUGUAUUGGAGAACCGAAGAAAGGGAGCUAGUUUGUAUUAUAUCAUUUUAAUUACUUGAUGUGUAUAUGUGUUCAGUUUGAUCCUUGUACCCUGUUUUCAUUUAUCA